UUUUUUCUUCAUUGGGUUUCUAGGGCUGAACUUAGUAUAAAAUCUGCGAAUUCUUCUGAGUUUAAUCACAGUUCGAUAAGUUCUUCUACUUAGACCACACUAGCUCUUAUCAUUUCAACAAAAUGGCUUUCAAGUUCGUGACCUUCCUCGCCCUGGUGGCCGUAGCCCGUGCUGGAGUCAUCUCGCCAGUCGGAUAUUCUGCUCCUCUAGCCUAUGCUGCUCCAGUUGCUAAGACCCUCGUUGCUGCUCCUCUCACCAAGACCAUCAUUGCCGACCAAUACAACCCCAACCCACAGUACUCCUUCUCAUACGGGGUUUCCGAUGGUCUGACCGGUGAUCAGAAGUCCCAGCAGGAAUCUCGCAGCGGUGAUGUCGUACAGGGAACUUACUCGCUGGUUGAUGCUGAUGGUUUGAAACGUACCGUUGACUACACUGCUGAUCCGAUCAACGGAUUCAAUGCUGCUGUGCGUCGUGAACCUCUGACCAUCAGUGCCGUUGCUCCUGUCCUUGCUAGCAAGUCCAUCGUUGCCCAACCUGCCUACGCUGCCUACGCCUCUCCCGUCGCUAAAACCAUCAUCUCACAGCCAGCUCUGGCUACCUACGCUUCGCCUCUGGCCACCAAGACCAUUGUCUCACAGCCAGCAAUUGCCUCGUAUGCUGCUCCACUGGCAACCAAAACUAUCCUGUCUCAGCCAGCUCUGGCCAGCUAUGCCGCACCUAUCGCCGCCAAGACCAUCAUCGCGCAGCCAGCCCUGAGUAGCUAUGCUGCUCCUUUGGCUUCCCGGACCAUCCUAUCUCAGCCAGCCUAUGCCACUUCCUUGGCCAGCAAGACCAUCGUCUCGCAGCCAGCUCUGGCCACCUAUGGCGCUCCUCUGGCCGCCAAUACCAUUGUUUCGCAACCAGCCUACACCAGCUACGCUGCUCCAGCUUACUAUUGAGUGUG